AUGCAUCCUCAGACGACAGUGACUCUGAAUCCAAGGAAGAAGGACAGUUCCCAGGAUGAGGAACUGGAGGAUAUCCAGGAGAAAGAAGAACUUGACUCAAGGGAAAGACAAACAUGGUGGAGGACAUCUCUCAGGCAAACACCAAUCCCCGGGGCUUAUCAAGUACGGGACUUCCUUGAAGAUGCUCAGCUGAACCCAGUAAAAUUAACAUAUAAUUUUAAAGGUGAAGGCAGAAAGAGACGUUCCAUCUUCCAGCAGAUGCCUGAUUUGACACUACCAGAUACCUUCAAAUUCAUCCCUCCAUCAUUUGUGGAUCUAGUUCAAAAAAAGCCAGCAUCAUAUUCUUUUAAGAACACUCCAAGGCAAAGCCCUGCCAAUACAUGGUUUAAAGAUAAGAAUAUAACCACCGACCCUGGACAGUAUGAUCUUUUCCCUCCUCCAGUUGCCUCAUUUCCAUCCAAGAAUUUUAUGUUUCGGUCUGGGGUCCAAAGGUUCCCAACUUUUAUCCCGAAAGAAGGUCCAGGCCCAGGUGAAUAUGAAAUGAAGCAAAAACUGCCUCAACCUAUUCAGUCAUGCUUUCUCUCAAAAGCAUCACGGCUGCUACCAUCCCAUACUAAAGUACCUGGUCCAGGAACUUAUUGGCCCACAAGGCAGGCUCCAAAACAGCCUAGAACAAUUGCCAGCUUGGGUCGGGAGCACAGUAUCUUCUUCAGUAAUAUCAAUGAUGUUUAG